AUGUCUGAAUCCUUCCAGAUUGAAGACGCUCACAUGUUCCUCUGCCAUCAAAUACCUCGUUGCUUCUUCGCCACCCCCGGGGCAAACUUUCCCGACAUCUAUGGUCAUCACCUGGCCUUCAAGACCGUCGGCCUCGGAGACUGGACCGUUGGGCGGCUAGGCCUUGCCGACGAUGGGCGCUUCGUCUUGCUCUCAACCGAAAACACCCGCCUUCUAGAUGUCUGCAAGCCGUGGCACCCUUCCAAAAUCGACUUCCUCGACCUGCCAACGUGCCUCCCCGGAACCAGUAGGGAUGACGAGUUGCAGUUCUACGGCCAACUGGCAGCCAUCGCCGUGCCCACGCCCAGCCAGCUCGGGGACUGCCGCACGGCUGUCUGUUUCUGGCUGUGGCACCCUCCCUUGUCUGUCGGCCUGGGCUUGGAGAGCAAUAUUUACGGCAUCAUUCAUGGCCACGACAUUGGGCCCAAGUUUCUAGCCCACAUCACCGAGAAUCACGACCGCAUCAUUGGUUUCAUGGUGGAGAGGCUCCAGGCACGUAUUGCCACUAUCUCUGACCUUGGCAAAUGCAAGGCCGUCGUGGCCAAGUUCCAUAGUCUCGGCUUUGCUUAUGGCAACCUGAUGCGCCGGUCGUUCCUGGUAGUCGACAACUUAGACCGCGCCUAUCUCCAUAACUUUGCCACUUCAUACCGGACAACGGACCAGGGCGUGUUGGAAGCCGAGCUUGCCAGCCUCGAGGACGUCUUGCAGCAGCCGACCGAGAUCGACUGGAUACCUCCUAUUUAUCCUCCGCAUUUGUCUACGGAACAAGAGUGUGACGACACUUUGGCAGGGCUGCCAAAGCCCGUCGCCGUCGCCGUUGCCAUCGCUGUUGCCAUCGCCAUAGCAAUUCUCCUUUCCAACAAGCGAUCCACCACCCUAAUCCAUCCAAGCCCAAUGUCUACCUCUACCGUCCCUGUCUGGCUGACCUACCCUCGCCUCCCAGCGGAGGCAAAGGAUGGCGCCAAGUCACACGGCAGAGCUACUCUGCAGUUCAACAACAACAACACUCCAUCCGAUACUGUUGACCAGAACGUUGUCAAGCCAACAUGA